CUAUUUCGUGUAAGAGGAAACCGUUUUCCCUCGCUGCAGGUUUUUAUGUUUAUAGCCAGAUCUUGAGGAGUUAUUUGAAGAAAAUGUGAACUCAUCGCUAUAAUAAACAUAAUUUUCUGUUUAGCAACAAAUCAGGUCCAGUUUCUUUCAUAAAAGAACCCGAAAAACAUCAAAUGUGAACUUGUAAUAAAUCGUGUGGCAUUUUAUCACACUGUAGACUGACUUUGUAUCUGCUGGCUCUAUUGAGGUUAUCUUAUUACUUCAUUAUUAGGCUAUCCUGCUUUAAUAGGUUAAGGCUGUUUACAAGUUAGAGCACAUCUCUCAUCAUCAGAUUAAAUGUAUAUCAUGUAAUAAAAAAUUAAGUUAAAGCUGAUUAUGAUUUAGACCUAUUUUUCACCAGUAUUCAUUAUUCUAGAGAAGAAACAGACCGGCAGCUCAGGGCAGUUUUAUUAAAUGUCAUACCCAGGUAAGGCAUGUUUAUACUCUAAUGCUUAAGAGCCAAGAGAAAUAAAGUAAGUCCAACAGUUUGAUAAAUGCAACAAGAUUUAAAAUUCACAUUUUAUGUUUUUCAGUUUUUUAUUAAACAAAAUAUUUCGCAAACCAGGACAAAAUGUUUAUUAUAGCGCUAAGUUCACAUUUUCUUUACUAAACUCCCCAAAACAGCUUUCUGCUGGUGGCAGAAGGACUGUUGUCAGCCCUUAGCAGGACAGCCAGUUUGCUGUUAAAUGAAAUAGCCAAUCGUAGUAGAGCCUUUCUAGCCAAUCAGAGACGAGAAAGGCGGGAUCUUCCUUGGACAUCCUAGAAUUCCAAAUGUCGCGGCCGGCAGGUGUCUCGGCAGGGUCAGUAAUUUACAUCAUAGGUACACUUCAACUGUGAGAGACAGAAUGUGAAAAAAAAAAUCCAUAAAUUCACAUGGCAGGAUUUUUAAAGAAUUUAUUUGUAAAUCGGGGUGGAAAAUCAGUAUUUAGUCACUUCAAACAAGGAAAAUCUCUGGCUCUCACAGACCUGUAACGUCUUUAAGAAGCUUUUCUGUCCUCCACUCGUUACCUGUAUUAAUGGCACCUGUUUGAACUCAUAAUCUGUAUAAAAGACACCUGUCCACAGCCUCAAACAGUCAGACUCCAAACUCCACUAUGGCCAAGACCAAAGAGCUUUCGAAGGACACCAGGAAAAGAAUUGUAGACCUGCACCAGACUGGGAAGAGUGAAUCUACAAUAGGCAAGCAGCUUGGUGUGAAAAAAUCAACUGUGGGAGCAAUUAUCAGAAAAUGGAAGACAUACAAGACCACUGAUAAUCUCCCUCGAUCUGGGGCUCCACGCAGGAUCUCAUCCCGUGGGGUCAAAAUGAUCAUGAGAACGGUGAGCAAGAAUCCCAGAACCACACGGGGGGACCUGGUGAAUGACCUGCAGAGAGCUGGGACCACAGUAACAAAGGUCACCAUCAGUAACACACUACAACGGCAGGGAAUCAAAUCCUGCAGUGCCAGACGUGUUCCGCUGCUGAAGCCAGUGCAUGUCCAGGCCCGUCUGAAGUUUGCCAGAGAGCACAUGGAUGAUACAGCAGAGGAUUGGGAGAAUGUCAUGUGGUCAGAUGAAACCAAAGUAGAACUUUUUUGGUAUUAACUCAACUCGUCGUGUUUGGAGGAAGAAGAAUACUGAGUUGCAUCCCAAGAACACCAUAACUACUGUGAAGCAUGGGGGUGGGAACAUCAUGCUUUGGGGCUGUUUUUCUGCUAAGGGGACAGGACGACUGAUCCGUGUUAAGGACAGAAUGAAUGGGGACAUGUAUCGUGAGAUUCUGAGCCAAAACCUCCUUCCAUCAGUGAGAGCUUUGAAGAUGAAACGUGGCUGGGUCUUCCAACACGACAAUGAUCCCAAACACACCGCCCGGGCAACAAAGGAGUGGCUCCGUAAGAAGCAUUUGAAAGUCCUGGAGUGGCCUAGCCAGCCUCCAGACCUCAACCCCAUAGAAAAUCUGUGGAGGGAGUUGAAAGUCCGUGUUGCUCGGCGACAGCCCCAAAACAUCACUGCUCUCGAGAAGAUCUGCAUGGAGGAAUGGGCCAAAAUACCAGCUACUGUGUGUGCAAACCUGGUAAAGACCUAUAGUAAUCGUUUGACCUCUGUUAUUGCCAACAAAGGUUAUGUUACAAAGUAUUGAGUUGAAUUUUUGUUAUUGACCAAAUACUUAUUUUCCACCCUGAUUUACAAAUAAAUUCUUUAAAAAUCCUGCCAUGUGAAUUCAUGGAUUUUUUUUCACAUUCUGUCUCUCACAGUUGAAGUGUACCUAUGAUGUAAAUUACUGCCCUCUGUCAUCAUUUUAAGUGGGAGAACUUGCACAAUCAGUGGCUGACUAAAUACUUUGUUGCCCCACUGUACUCUAGGCAAAGGGGUGAAGCUAUUUUAAUACACAAAAACAUCAAUUUCACAGUAUUGGACACAAUUUCAGAUCCAGAGGGUAGAUUUAUAAUGUUGAAAAUAUCUAUACAAAACCAAAGCUUAUGUAUCGUCAGCAUAUACUGUCCAAAUAUUGAUGACCCUCCAUUCUUUCGUAAUUUUUUUCUCUGUACUCUUCGAACACUUGGACUAUCCACUUAUACUUGGAGGUGAUUUUAAUUUUUGGAUGAAUUCCUUAACAGACAGGCUCAGUACAGCUGGGACUCAGCGCAAUUAGCAAUCCACUAAUAUAGUUAAACAGUACAUGAGUGAUUAUGGGCUUCGUGAUGCAUGGCAAUCUCUUCAUCCUAACCGUAGAGAGUAUAUCUUUUUCUCACACGUCCAUCACUCUCAUUCACGUUUGGAUUAUUUUCUUGUCAGCAGUUCAUUGUUGGCUGACAUUUCAGACACCGAGAUACACCCCAUAGUUAUCAGCGACCAUGCUCUGGUUUCUUUAACUCUGGUAAACAAGAAGACAAUCCCACCAAGCAGAAACUGGAGGUUUAAUACAUCACUGCUUAAAGACGAAGGUUUUACUGAUUUUUAAAAAAAGGAGUGGGCUUUAUAUUUAGAACAUGACCUGCCUGGAACAUCAGCAUCUAUUUUCUGGGAGGCAGGAAAGGCAGUGAUGAGAGGUAAAAUAAUCUCUUUCUCAUCACAUAAGACAAAAACAGAACUUUGUACUCACCACAGAUAAACCCAUCAGAUAACGAGAUCGAUGAGUUCCUUGACAGGAUAACACUUCCUAAAUUAUCAGACAGCCAAGUUACAGUCCUGGACUCUCCACUAACAUCAGCGGAGCUCCAGGAGGCCCUUAAAUCCAUGACUCAUAGGAAAGCUCCAGGUCCAGACGGGUUUCCAGCAGAGUUCUACAAAGAAUUAUGGAUCAUUCUGGCUCCAACAUUUUUCAGAAUGGUGAGGGAAGUCUAAGAGAGCGGCAGAUUACAGCCAAACAUGAAUUCAGCCAAUUCAGCGGGAAAUGGAGCAGUUGCUCAGCGCCCCCUGCUGGUAACUCCGCUCGUUGUUCCUGUUCAGAGCUCCGAAGAGAGGAGAAGGUGUAUGACCAAAGCCAGGUUCUGUAGGUUCUGGGAAUCUCGGUUGGAUCUGAUUGGUCAUAAAUCUGAAAUAUCAGAAAAUGUAAGGAAGAUCAUCUUAAAACUAUGAUUCCUGACAAAUUCAUUAAAAGAAAACUCAAUUUGAAAAUCACUACAAUGAAACAAACCUGGAGACCACAAAGCACCUGUUCUACAAAAGUCUAACAGCUAUGGAAAUCUCUCUGUGAAUUAUUCGUUUUUGUAAAUUUAGAUCUGGUCCCCUCAAAAUUCAACUUGGUGUAAUCCUAAAAAAGGACAGAAUUAUUUAUACAAGAUAUAAUAUAAAUGAAAAUAGAAAUGCCAAGUCUGACCUCUCAUGACUUGCUCUUACUCUCCUUGUAACAAACAUGUUUUAAAUGACUGGAUUACAUUACCAUUACAACUAGUUCUACACGUCAAUAGGACAACUUAACCUUUAUUUAAUUUUUCUCUCAGUUGUUCCAUGUUUGUAUGUUUUAUUCUCUUUCAUAUAUCAUUGUUAAUAUGUCUGCCAGCAUAAGGUUUUAAUGUGGAAUCUUGAAGGAGGUCUGGAUUUAGAAAGAAAUGUUAGAUUAUUGUGUUGAUAUUGGAUUUUGUCAAAGUUCUUAAAUAAUUUAUAGAUUUUACAUCACUUAUUUAUUUUUUGUCUUUAGUCAUGUUUCCUUAAUAUAGCUACAAAUAUCUGAGGACAAUCAAAACGUUAGAGUACUCAAAAACAAACAAAUGAAAUGAAACCUUUUGCAAACACGAGUCUAAAUGUGUCGAGUGACAUGAAGGAGGAGUAAAAGAGCAGGAGGGGAGGAGCAGGAGUGUUGAUCAGAGGAGGAGAGGCGGCAGUCUGCAGCUCACACGGCGACAUCAGCAGCUGAACUCAUGGAAACAAAAAGGAUUUACUUCACUGUGAACGGGAUACCUGAGCAGGCCGAGUUCCCCGCCGACUGUCCUGCUCAGGAUGUCAAAGAUCUGUUCAGGUCUGCAGCCGAGGCCGGACCCCAUGACAUCCUGAAACUGUACAACCCCAAAGGAAACAUCAUCAACAUCUCACCCAGCUUGGAGCCCAACGCUCCCGCUUCCCGCUACAAACUGGAGGUGGUGGCUGCCGACUGCAACAGCGAGCUGUUAGGUGCAGAGCUUGCUGGUUCACUUGGAUUCGACCUCUCAUCCAUGGAAAAAAGACUUCAGAGCCUGGAGAAGAAAAUCCUGGUGGAUGCUGGCGAGACACCUGCUGUGGUCUACGAGAUGAAGAAACAGGUGGACUUGUUCCGGGAGAAGCUGGAGAGUGUCGAGCAUCUCAGCUGGCUGGGGUUCUACAAAGAUCUUUCAGAGGGAACUCACAAACCGUCGCCCUUCUACCACAAGAGAACGCUGCACAAAACCAAGGAGGAGUGUGAACAUGUGCGGGAGAAGUUCAUGCAAAUGAGCUCUCUGGAGGUCUCAGAAGAAGUCAGGCAGUAUCUGAAGACCCCAACCUUUGAUAACUGGCAGUGGGAGGAUGCAGAGAUCAUGGUUCUCCUGCAGGUCAUGUACACGGACUUAGAUCUGACUGUGACCUUCAACAUUGAGCCUGAAGUUCUGCAGCGGUUCCUUUUCGAGGUCUACAGAAGAUACAACAACAUCCCAUUCCACAACUUCAAACACUGCUUCUGUGUUACCCAGAUGAUGUAUGGGUUGAUCUGGCUGACUGACCUGAGGAGCAAAAUGGACUCCAUGGAUCUGCUGAUCAUGCUGAGCUCUGCAGUCUGUCAUGACCUUGACCACACAGGAUACAACAACGCGUACCAGAUAAACGCUCGAACUGAACUGGCGCUUCGAUAUAACGACAUCUCUCCUUUGGAAAACCAUCACUGUGCAGUGGCCUUUGAGAUACUAGAGAGGAGAGACAGCAACAUCUUCAGGAAUCUGUCUACGGACCAGUACAAACGGAUCAGGGAGGGGAUAAUAACGUGCAUUCUGGCCACCGACAUGACGAGACACAGUGAGGUUCUCAACAAGUUCAAGUCCAUCGUGCCAGUUUUUGACUUCAGCAGCAGAGAACACAAAGAUCUGCUCAUGAUGGUCCUGAUCAAAGUCAGCGAUAUUUCUAAUGAAGCUCGGCCCAUGGAGGUGGCAGAACCCUGGCUGGACUGCCUCUUACAGGAAUUCUUCAAUCAGAGUGAUGUGGAGAAACUGGAAGGCCUCCCCGUCUCCCCGUUCAUGGACAGAGACAAAGUGACAAAACCUUCAUCUCAGAUUGGCUUCAUCAGGUUUGUUCUUCUGCCGCUCUUCAUCGAACUGGCCAACCUCUUCCCCUGCCUGGAGCAACACAUAAUCGACCCGGUCCGAAAAGCCUUGGAUUACUACACAGAGAUGGAGAAAGCUCUGGAGAAAGGGAAGCAGAACCGGACUCAGAACAAGGAAGUCCGACCUGAUCCCGCAGCGGAGUUCUCUAAACCAGAAUCCCACUGAUCCCAGAAAACGGCACCAUCCCAGCACCACGCUCUCACACUGACUUUAUAACUUUUUAUGUGUUUUAUCAUCAUUUAUCGAAUCAUUAGUCAGAAUUUCUGCAGGUUUAAAGGCUCAGGGUCAAGCUGCCACUGCCAUCUAGAGGUAGAGCUGGAGAUAGCCCCUGUGGUCCUCCCAACAUCUGGAACACCUGGAAACAUACCUGCUAAAGAGGAAAUGUGCUGCUUUUGAAAGAAUAUUUAUUUCUUGUGUCGAUUCUUUUUGUUUUAGCCCGGAAGCAUUUUCCUCGUAAUUAUUUAACAGAAAAUGGCUCCAAAAUACAGAUAAAGUGAAUAACUUCAGAUUCUGGACGAUCUGUUGAUUACAUCUAUUUUUGGUUUUAUUGGACAUUAAAUUGAAGGUUUCUGGCUCCGUUUGUUUAGGGUAACUGGUUUAAGGGGAUAAUCCACCCCUCAGCUCAGUCUGAUGUCAUAUUCCCUGGAUAGUUAGCCACUUCCAGGUUCAAAAUGUUUCCUCCUAACAGUGAACGGCGAGUUAUGGGGCCGCUACAGAUGCACCUCGCAGCUGCGGUUUACAGCGGUGCUUUGUCGUAAUCGUGCCAAGUCCAAAACGACUCCAUUCUUUGUUUGUGUUACGUUGUUUUCAUGACAUUAGGAUCCAUACUGAAUAAAUGUUUGACCUUUUCCUGUAAGUGCUGUUA